UGCUUUUCCACCGACUGUUGGGGCAUGGCAAGUGUCGAGCAGGCACCGCUGUGAAGAGCUCUGUACACACACCGCCAGACAGUCGGACUGCAACAUUUUCCAUUAAUGGAAUUAAACUGCGACGGCAACAGCUGCGUCGGCAACUGCCCCCGAAAAUAACGACGAUGGACAAUGCCCGUACUAUUCGGAUUCGGACUCGUAUUCGUACUAUAUAAGACUGGUCUGGCGGUUGUCCCAUUAUCAGUCAGCUUCAUUCGCUUCCACAGCAGCACAACACAGACCAAAAACACACAAAAUCCCCUCAACAUGUUCAAAUUGGUGGUGUUGUCUGCUCUCCUCGCCGUAGCUGUCGCUCGUCCCGGACAUCUGUACGAGUCUCCGCUGGUGUAUGCCGCCCCAGCGACCACGACAAUCGUCCAGGAGCCCUACCUGGCCAAUGUGGGUGCCGUGGUAAAGAGCAUUCCCACCUCUGUCUCCCACCAGAGCCAGUCGGUGGUGCACAGCUCUGCCCACGUCGUCCAGGAUGUUGUCGCACCCGUCAUCAAGUCGUAUGCUGCUCCCGUCGUCCACACCAGCUACGCGGCAUCUCCUCUGGUCCACACCUCUUACGCCGCUCCCUACGCCGCUCACACUUCCUAUGCGGCCACUCCCGUCAUCUACAACGCUGGCUGGUAAGGAAGCGGAGGAGACUGGAUGCUCGGACGAGCGAUCUGGAUGGCUUAACAAAAUAAUAAUCCUGUUGUACAUAAACGAGUUUAAUUGCGAGUAAAAUGUGAUUCCCGA